AUGAACAUCUUCACCAUCUUCGGCCUCUUGGCCAACAUCAUUUACAUGACCGUCGCCGCGGCUUUACCCAGCUCUCCUGGCCAGACCUUCGGUCUUGCAAAGCGCGUCGAGUCGACUUUCGCUUGGAAGGAUUACUUCGUUCGCAACUGCAGCGCACCUUUGCUGUACCCCAAUGAGGGAACUCAGACAAUCAUCGCAGAUGAUUGCGGUAAGCUAUCAAACUGGCAGAGCAGCAACAAUGGUGGCUACUUCGAGCUGUGGGACUUCAGCCACUUGAACAACUUCACCUACAAACCCAUCGUCGGCUACAAUACUUGCGUGAUUGCUAUAUCGCAUGCUGUGUCUAACGACAGCUGUGACUACGCUGUUGUGGGCUCUUUGGACGUGAUCGGCCUCGCGAAUCAAGCUUUGGGUUCUUUCCAAGUUAACGGAACGCUGCCCACGAUCUCUGGGAGCUUUGUCUGUGGCCCUAAUCACGCCCCGCUCAACAUACUCAUCUACGAUGGCCAAUCAGGGUGGCAAGGAAGGCCCAUGCUCGACAACGGGCGUGCGAACUUCACUGUAAACGCUACUAGCAUCCCGGGUAUCAAGGGACCGGCGGGUGGAACUGGUUAUCCAACGGGCUCUCCUCCUUCUCCCCCUGCAGUCUCGGUAGAACCCGCGAGCACGACAAACCUAAGCGCAAACUACACACGCUGA